UUCUCUUCCAACUUCUUUCUCUUUCUCAUCCCAUAGCUAUGGCGUUUCCUAAGGUUAUCACAGCACUUCUUCUUGCACUCACUAUGCUCAGAAUUAGACCCUCCGCAUGCCAAACAGUAGAAGCCAAAGUCUCUUGCACUGACUGCUCUAACAACUACGAUUUCUCUGGCAUUAUGGUCUCAGUGAAGUGUGAAGGUGUGAAAAAGCUGGCUACGGCGACAACAGAAGAGAAGGGUUUCUUUAAGGUUGAUCUUCCCAGAGACCAUGGAAAAGCUCCCUCAGUGAAGUGUCUUGUGAAACUUCUUGGGGGACCAAAUCAUCUGUAUGCUACAAAGAAGAACCAGGUGUCUGAAAUUGUGAAGGGAAAAGAGAAAAACACUUACACAAUCUCCACUCCUCUUAGUUUCUUGAGAUCAUGUCCUAAAAACAGAGAAUGCAAGGUUGCUGAUAACCAGUUCAGUUCAUCCAAAACGUUGGAUCUUCCUCUGCCUCCGGAGUGGGGUUUGGCACCCACCAGCUACUAUCUUCCUUUUCUCCCCAUCAUUGGAAUACCUUAGUCUGUCCGUUUAACAUGUAAUAGCUGGGAAGAAGAAAAAACAGUGUUCAUAUAUAUGCAUAUAUCAUGUGUGUAACAUGAAAAAAUGUCAUAUAAAUAUCAAUCUAUGUCUUGAAGGAAGUUGAUUUCAGCCACAGAAAUAAAAUUUCGUUUUAGUUUGACCCAGAGAAA